CCGGUGUGCUUUUGGUGAAUGACAGGGAUUUGAAAGACCCCCCACAAAAGUGAGUGAAGAAAAAGUUUUCUGUUGAUAAAAGACUGCCCUGCCAAUGGAAGCCCAGAAGGAGAUGGAGAAGGUGAUGGAGGAACUAGAGCGAUGGACUGAUGUUAGAGCUAUCCUGAAGUCAAUCUUUGAUCUCUUCAAGGAGAGGGCUGAAGGGCCGGCGGAGAUCCAACUAUUGAAACAGCAGUUGCUCGAUACUGUAAGGGAUAUUGCAACAUUUGUUGAACGUGUAGACAAUCCGAAGUUCCCGGCGGUACCCAUACCCAGAUGCCUCGUGAGAGAAGAAUCUGAUUCAUUACGGCGAGAACUGGAACGUGCUCGUAAUCUUGCUGUUGGUGGGAGAAAUCAAACAUUCUGGAAUCGCUUUUGCACCAUGGUCCGACGUUCCGAUCCUCAACUCCGUCUUGAGCUCCGGCAAGCCUGUGACUCGCUAAAAAGCCUCUUGUCGAACUUAGAUGUGAUGAUUUCUGCCCGUGAUGCCAUGGUUGCAAGAGAGCAUUCGUGCCGUGCCGUAACAUUUUUUAAUGAUAAAGCCAAAGAAGCUGCUCAGCGUCAGAGUGAUUAUCAAGUUUUUGACAGACUGACAGAAAAUUUUGGGCGAAGACUGUGUGAGGAUCAGAAUGAAAAGGUGCUUCGUUUGUGUAGCCAAUUAUACUACACAAAUGGUGAUCUUUUUGCUCUGGGAACUAAGGGGGGAACUGAAAUUGGGAUCGUCACUACUGGACAGCCAGAGAAUCACAAUGCCCAGGCGACAGGGAAAAGAAAGCGAGGGACCAUCGACAGGACUUUCAACAAUGGGACAACUGCUAAGCUAAAGAUGUUAUGCGAUGGAAAGUUUUGGUUCUACGUCUUUCACUCGACUGGGGCUGAGUUCAGGAAGGACUUUUCGAGGAACCUGCGUCUCAUUUAUCCUGUGAAUGGGCUCCAAAACAAUGCUUCUCCCGGCGAGGAGAUCCCGACAGAGCACGCGAUCACUCGUCGCCCUCGACAGUUUCCGAGGUCCGAACGUAUAUUUCCAGAUAGUGGAGAUGAUAUAUCAUAUACAGUGUCUGCUGAAGAGUGUCCAUCAAUGCUGAUGCUAUAUGUGGCGUUAACAAGGAGGAAUAUUGUGCUUCCAGAGAAUGGUGAGGAUGGGUCCAGGGAAAGGGUCGCCACUAGAUGGAUUCUCGAGAACAUGCAGUGUGCCGAGGCUGUUGUCAAGCGCAUCAGCAUUCUGGUGAAGCCUGUGAAAGUGAUGCAUACCGGUACACAGCCAACCUGAAUGCCUGUACAGGUUGCAAGGCAGGCAGACUCAACUUGCUGAAAAUUCACUAAAAAUUCACUAAAAAGUCCUUACCUACCAUGCACUGUCCUGUGGCCAUCACGCAACACCUGCCUGGUGCACAAGCCUGACGAUACGGGAACCGUUAUAAUCAAGGGAUUUCUGCUCG